GACCCGCAAAUUUUCCUGUGCUCGCCUCAACCCGAUUCUGCCUGCCGGUCGUCGCCUGCACCUGAAAAGCGUGCCUACGUGUCGAGCAACAAAUUGAUCUUUCUAUCAGUAUUAUUAUCUGAUUUUCGCUGACACAAACGGCUACAGUAUUGAGCGUUUGCCAUUCUUCCAUGAGUUGAACAUGGAAUCACCGCGCAGAAGAAGUGUUAUUUAGGAACAACGUGAACAUCGGUGCGCUGAUAAAAAACCCAGCCUUUUGCUGGUCGAACCCGUCUUCUCGACUUAUCAUAGCGCACCGUAGUCCAUCGCUUUCAUUAUUAUUAUUAUUGUUAUUAUUAUUGUUAAUCUAGACUGUAUCAACACAAAGUCACGUACUUACGGUCGGCAAUGAUCGUGGCACAGAAGCUCUUCAUUACUGCUGCUUUAAUAGCGGUGGUGAGUUCUACGCUUUGCUGCGUCUACGCAUCCACAAAGACGAACUUUGGCUACGCUGCUUGCGACCCCUCCGUCGUGCAGUCCAGCGGCUACAUCGACAUCCCCGGUGUGAGCGGGACACAGAAGCACUACUUCUACUGGCUGUUUGGUCCUCGUCGGUGGCCCACGGACGGCAGCCAACCGCCUGUGAUUAUGUGGAUGACGGGCGGACCCGGGUGCAGCUCAGGAUUGGCGCUAGCUAUGGAGCUGGGCCCGUGCAAAGUCAAUGAAACCUCCGGUGAGCUGCACCGCAACGCGUACGGGUGGAACGACGAGGCGUACCUGCUGUUCGUGGACCAGCCGACGGGUGUGGGCUACUCCUACGGCGACAAGGCCAACUACGUGCACAACGAGAGCGAGGUGGCGGAGGACAUGUACCACUUCCUGCAGGGCUUUGCGAGGAAGUUCACGUCGCCCUCCAUCACCGGCGCGAACGACUUCUUCAUCAUCGGCGAGAGCUACGCCGGACACUACGUUCCCGCGGUGAGCUACCGAAUCUUCCAGGGCAACCAGCGUGGUGACGGCCCCGUGAUCAACCUGAAGGGCAUCGGCAUUGGCAACGGGUUCACAAAUUUGUACAUCCAGUACCCUUUCUAUGUUACCUAUGCCUACGAUUUCUGCACGCAAAAACUGGGCACGCCGUGUGUGAACGCGACUACCCGCGACGAGAUGCUGUCGAUGAUGCCACACUGCCUUGAUCUGAUUGCGCAGUGCAACUCCUUCCCGGACGACACGGACGCGUCGUGCGGGGAGGCGACGAGGUACUGCACCGUUAUUGAAGGCAUGUUUGCUCGUAGCGGAUUAAACGCAAUGGACAUCACAAAGAAGAGCGUCGGUACUCUCGGCUACUCGAUGAAUCACACGCUGAAGUUUUUCUCCAACGCCGAGCUCCGCGCUCGACUUGGAGUGGCAGACGGCGUGCAGUGGUCUGUGUGCAACGACGACGUCUCUCAGCUGUUCGAUAACGAUGAGCUGCGUAACUUUGACUACGCUAUCCCGCCGAUCCUCGCCGCCGGUGUGCCUGUGAUGUUGUACGUCGGAGACCUCGAUUACAGCUGCAACUGGAUGGGCAACAAAGCUUGGGCAACGGCACUGGAGUGGCCUGGGAAGGCAGGGUUCAAUGCCGCUCCCGAUGUGGAGUUUACUGUGAACGGCCGUACUGCUGGACAAGAGCGGAAGUACGGCAACUUCAGCUUCGUGCGUGUGUACGAUGCGGGACACAUGGUGCCGAUGGAUCAGCCGGAAGUGGCGUUGGAAGUCGUGUCAAAAAUCUUACGCAAUGCACGAUUGGCAGAGCGAACGUAG